AAAUUAUUAUUUAUACAAUAAAUUAUUAUAUUUCAAUAUUUAAAACUUUUAAUCAAAAUUUAAAUAAUGGGUGUUCCAAAUUCUAAAAUCUCUACUGUCAGCCAAGAAGAAAUUGACUUUGCCAUUUCAGAAGUCGAAAAGGUUCUCACUAAUUCCUCUGCUCCAUUAGGUGUAUCAUACAAAGGCCAUGAAUCAUAUAUCCGUAAUUUAGUCUGCCAAGUAGAGUCAGAAAAUGCUAUAAAUCAUUAUCAAAAGAGUAUAAUUAUUGACUCUUAAAACACUCUUUUGGAAGUAAACAUAUAUUAAUGUUUUAAUAUAUAAUAGUUUUUAAAUCAUUAAAAAAAUAAAAUUUAUUUAUUUAUUUAUUAUAAAAAUAUUAUUAUUUUAUUGUUUAUAUAAUUUUAUAAAUAUUUAAAAAACUGUAUCUCC